AUGGCAACUCUUGCCGAGGCUUUGUCACGUCUAGCACCCUUUCACUCCACCCCUAGUAACCUUGCCCCUCCACCCUUGCUACACCCAUCAACCCCGAAAUCUAGCAUUGAUGCUAUAACUCCGGAAGGAAGUUUAAGUGAUGAAGAGAGCUCACAAGCGGGAGACCUUGAGGAAGAAGAAAAUGAAAGUGACCCACGAAGUCUCCACAACCAAGAGGAUAAGUUACCCCACCGAGAAGCAAGGGAAGAUUUGAAACCACUACCACCUCAUGUUAAAUAUGCGUUCCUUGAUGAGGAACAUAAAUUUCCGGUGAUAGUGGCAACCGAUCUCUCCAAUCAAGAAGAGCAACAACUCCUUGAAGUUAUCCGGAAGUAUAAGAAGGCGAUUGGAUGGAGCCUAAGUGACAUUGUGGGAAUAAGUCCUCAAGUGUGCCUCCAUAGGAUUUUCUUAGAAGAAGGCACUAAGCCAGUCCGACAACUGCAAAGACGGCUAAAUCCUACAAUCCUUGAUGUGGUCAAGAAGGAAGUAACUCGCCUCUUAGAAGCAGACAUCAUUUAUCCCCUUUCUGACAGUGAAUGGGUAAUUAGUCCGGUCCAAGCAGUGCCAAAGAAGUCCGGGGUAACAAUGGUGAAGACUGAGAGUAGAGAGCUUGUGGCCACCCAAGUCCAGAACACUUGGCGAGUGUGCAUUUAUUACUGCCAGCUGAAUCAAGCAACGAGGAAGGACCACUAUCCGUUGCCGUUUGUUGACCAAAUGUUGGAUCGCUUGGCAGAUUGUAUGGAAGUCUUCAUGGACGAUUUUAGUGUGUAUGGUAGCUCCUUUGAUGCUUGUUUAGGGAACUUAGCUAGAGUACUAGAGCGAUGCACCAAUACUAACCUUGUUUUGAAUUUUGAAAAGUGCCACUUCAUGGUGAAGCAAGGUAUAGUAUUGGGUCAUAUUGUCUCUAAAGACGGAAUCUCUGUCGACCCAGCUAAGAUCGAUGUCAUUUUGAGUUUACCUUACCCCUCCUCAAUGAGGGAGAUCCGUUCCUUCCUUGGUCAUGCAGGCUUCUAUCGUCGGUUCAUCAAGGACUUUAGCAAAGUCGCCUUACCUCUCUCCCGCCUGCUACAAAAGGAUGUGGAAUUUCAUUUCAGUGAAGAUUGCAAAGAGGCUUUUGACAAGUUGAAGGAAGCGUUAAUCACAGCUCCUAUUGUGCAAGGCCCAAAUUAG